CUCAGCAGAAUGAAGCGUAAGAGAGAAUUGCCCCGGGACCGGGAGUAAUAACUUCAAUCUGUGUAUAAUAGUGUGCGUCUAUGAGUGAUUAACCACACUCUAUAUACCCUAAUUGCCUUCAUGUAGGACUCUUCAGGGCAAUAAAUCCUUCUGCAUUGAACCUGAUCUGCUCCUGUGUUUUAAUCGACACACCAAGAGAAAGGCUAGAGACAUUAGAACCUCCUCAGAAUACAAUCCUGAUUCACCUACAUAACAAAAUUGGUCCUUCGAGCCAGAUACAGCCAUUACUCUUGGAUAAAGAGGAUCUUUCAGCACAAGUAUGCAGCCAGAAAGAGUAUAUACAGAUGGUGGCAGACCUCAAUGGCAUGUUUGCCCUCCUGCCUAUCUUGAUAAUUACGAUCUACCAGCCACAUUUCAUAAACAAGUCAGUCAGCAAAGGAUGCUUCAUGCUGCGGACGAGUCACAGAGGUGCGAUCCAUGUGAUGCCACCAGAAUUGCUCCCUCACCGUCCGACAGUGCCUCCAGUCUGGUGAGACAGUGGUCAUCGGCUACAUUCAACAGAGAGCAUUAUUAUGAAAGAGAACCGGACAGAGUGCCGUCACAGUCUAGAGCAGGCAUGCUUCCUACUCAACCUGCUCAGUCUUCACUGUAUCACCGGCCUUGGGAGGGGAAUACAGUUCGAUCACCUCCACGCACUGCCUGUACUACCCCAUGCCGGCCUUCUCAGCCACAUGAGACUGUAUCCUACUAUGCUGAGUCCCUUCUACCAUCAUUUCCUCACUCACCUACUGCUACGCCAUCAUUGCAGUUACCCAGUACAGCCGCAGCACUAGUAAGGUCAGAUCUGUCUUUUCCUAGAGGGGAUUAUAGCUCAUUACCUACCCCAAACCGGGCUGCUGACUACAGAAAUCAUACUGCUCUGCCUAACCACUCAGAGAGGAAUACUGGGGAGCCACUAAAGGAGCAUGUGCUAGUAGAUUUCCUAGGUAAGAUGCUCAGUGAGCUGCAAGUAAUGAGAGACCACAUAUAAACUGGAUUAUCUGCCAAACUAGAACAGGAAGUUACACAGCCAGUUAAGCUUCCUACUUAUCGUUACUCCAUUCCUGCUAGUCAUCCAGAUGAAUCGGUCCCAGCUACUUCCCGCAGAUUAGUUCCACCACUCACUGAGUACAGUGCCUAUGCCUAUGAUCGUAGUUGGUAUCCAGAGCAGACGUCUGAGCCUGUUAGUGCUGCUCACCUGCUUCACCCUCAUGACAGUUAUGAGCCAAGGAGACCCAGGUAUCCGAUACCUAUGCACAGAGCUUCAACCUUGCAUCCAGGUGAGAGAGAGAGCACCUACCGUGGUCCUACACCAAGCAUUCCAGACUUCAUCACAGGGGAUCCUAGUGAGUUCACCAGGCUAAAGAUUGCUAUAGAGAACCUUUUACCUACUGAUGCUACUGAGCUCUUCCACUAUCAAAUACUGAUGGAUCAUCUGAGAUUAGAUGAAGCCCGCCUGGCCCGCCUCUUAUCUUAACACAUCUUUCCCUUAUACUGACACCAUGGCAGCUCUGACGGAGAGGUUUGGACAACCUUACAAACUAGCCCUCAGAAGGAUAGCUAAAGUGUUGGAUGCUCCCGACAUUCGACAGCAGCCUUUGAAAUAUUUGCCUUGCAAAUAAGAUCCCUUGUCAGUAUGCUGGAGACAUUGGGCCAUGAGGGUCAGGCUGAACUGAGUUGCGGAUCGCAUGUUGAGAGUCUGCUAAGCAAACUACCUCCAGAAAUGAGGUCAGAGUUCAGAAGGCAUGUGCCGAGUUCAGUUUCAUCGUCCUGGUGCAGUGUAUAACCUUCUGGACUUCUUGGAAUGGUUACAGUAUGAAGCAUGGUGUCAGAGUAGUGAAAGUCAAAUAUCUGACCGACAGCAGAGGGUGGAGCAGAAGCCAGAUCGAGGGAGAGCAGUGAAUGCUACCAGCUGUUCAGCUAAUGUACUUCAUGGGGCGGACGAAGGCUCUGCUAAAUGACCAUUGUCUUAGUCAGUACACUACCUACAAGUCUUUCAGCAAACAGCAGAUUACAGCUUGGAUCCAGAUGAAUCACCGCUGCUGGCGCUGUGGGUGCACCCACCACGUGGUGAAAUAUACCCUUAAGAAGCCAUGCAGUAUUUGCAAAGGCAGACAUCUACAGAUCCUGCACGAGGUUAACUCCAGACCAGUGACUCAGGGUUCUUGCCUGGUUAAUUCAGCAGCUGAGACUCUGUAUCUGGACUGACCUACAGGAUGUAGGAAAGUUUUUCAGAAGGUUAUUAGAGUUCUGCUUCACCACAAAGAAAAGACCCUUGUUAUGUAUGCCAUCCUGGAUGAUGGAUCAGAGAGGAUGAUUCUCCUAUCACCUGCUGCCACCAAACUUGGAAUUCUUGGUCCUGUGGAGAGCUUGGACCUGUGGACUAUCCGUCAGGAUGUGCAGACUGUCACUGGUGUCUUAGUCUCCUUCCAAAUCUCUUCUGGAACUCAACCACAGAAGGUCUUUGGAAUCUCUGGUGCUUUUACUGCCAAACGCCUGGGUCUUGCUGACCAUUCCUACCCUCUGAGUAUCCUGGAGAAGUAUCAGCAUCUCAAGAGCCUCCCCUUGCAGUCUUUCGGAGGAGUACGUCCACUACUGCUUAUCGGAGCUGACAAUACUCACCUCAUUACUCCCAUUUCACCUGUACGACUGGGCCCAUCCGGAGGACCUGCAGCUACUCAGAUGAGGCUCAGAUGGACUCUGCAGGGACCUGUAAGACUAUUGAAAGAUCAGCUGUCACCACAAAAUUGCUUCUUCGUGUCACUCACCCCUGCUGAACUGGAGUUGAAAAGGGAUAUCAAAAGGCUGUGGCAGAUUGAUGUCUUACCAUAUCGUUGUGAAAAGCAAGUUACCAGAUCCAAAGAGGAUAGAGAGGCUAUAAGCCUCUUGGAGGCCAAGACCACCCGGGUUGAGGUUAACGGAAUCCUCCAUUAUGCAACGCCUUUAUUAUGCAGAAGGAUUUCCCAUUCUUCUGUGCUCUGAAGGAGGCAGUGAUGCCGAGUCUCAGAGACAUGGAGCGUCGGCUCACCCGGACACCAGAGAAGGUGGAGGUGUAUAAGUCAGAGAUGAAUGGUGCUGCCAUCAAGCUACCGAAUGAGGGAGACAGCAGCACAGGAGAGAACUGGUAUAUUCCCCACCAUAUGGUCAGUCACAAUGGUAAAGACCGACUAGUGUUCAACUGUUCCUUUUGCGUACUAGGGGUUGAACCUUAAUGACUCCUUACUACCUGGUCCAGUCCGAAGCCCCUCUCUCCUGGGUGUCCUUCUGAGAUUCAGGGAACAUUGCGUGUCCAUAAGUGGGAUAUACGUGGGAUGUUUCAUCAGGUCCUGCUACUGCCUGUGGACAGACCCCUCCUACGUUUCCUGUGGUGGGACAUGCGCCAGGAUAACCCUCCAGAUAUUUACAAGUGGCAAGUCCUUCCCUUUGGGACAACGUGCAGCCCAUGCUGCGCAUUCUUCGCCCUCCAGCGACAUGUGGUGCUACACAGUACUCCUGAAGAGGAUGUAAGAUUCUCAGUUGACAGAUGUUUUAUGGCAGCUGGUGAAUAAGUAACGCACCUUCUUAUCCUCUGGGGGUUUCAACAACCAGCAGUGGACCAGUAAUAUCACGGAAGUUGUCAGUCACCUACCCAUAGCCAGGUCUGCUAAGUUGGAGUUGUGGCUCUCUCAGGACAAAUCCGACCAUUGGGAGUCUGCUUUAGGCCUGAGCUGGCACUGAGAAUUAGACCAUCUGGGGUUCAAACACAGACCCAUUUCUUAAAAUGCUUUGACAAUGCGGAGUUGUUGUAUAUAAUAAACUCAUUAAUUUGUGGUACAUCUUGGUUCUGUCCUUACUU